CAUCGUCCUCCUUCCCUGCCCCGAGCGCGCUGGCCAUGGCUCCGCAGCGGAGAGCGGGCGCCAGGGCUGCCGAGGGAGGAGGAGGAGGAGGAGGAGGCGGCGGAGCGGGGCUGCGGGCGGAGGAGCGGAGGCGGCGGCCCAGCAGCAGCAGCAGGAACAGCGGUGUAAAGGGUAAUAUCCCCAAAGACUCUCGCCGGAAGUGGCUGAAAGUGGCUUUCCUUCUCUCAUCUGCCAUGCUGGGCUAUCUCCUGAGUGGGAGUUAUUUUCUCAGUGAAGAUGGAAUUACAGAAGUUUUGGCCCAUCAUGGUGAAAGCCUACCAGACAGAUUCAUCGAGAUAUCCUGCUCAGAGGACUAUGACAGCCACAAGCGUUUUGAAGGCUGCACCCCUCGGAAAUGUGGAAGAGGGAUAACAGAUGCCAUAAUCAACAGGGAGGAAGCUGAGAAAAUCCGUAGAAUAGCAGAGAGGGGACUGUCCCUGGGAGGAUCGGAUGGAGGGGCUUCAAUUCUGGACUUGCAUUCUGGAGCACUUUCUUUGGGAAAGCAUUUUGUUAACAUGUACAGAUACUUUGGUGACAAAAUCCAUGAUAUCUUUACAGAAGAAGAUUUUCAGUUAUAUCGUGAUGUGAGGCAGAGAAUUCAACAAAAAAUAGCCCUUGCUUUUGGUAUCAGCUCCUCUUCCAUGUAUUUGACAAAGCCAACCUUCUUCUCAAGAAUAAACAGCUCGGAAGCCAAGACUACUCAUGAUGAAUAUUGGCACCCACAUAUUGACAAGGUGACCUAUGGUUCCUUUGACUAUACGUCACUGCUUUAUCUGUCUGAUUACACAGAAGACUUUGGUGGUGGGCGGUUUGUCUUUAUGGAUGAAGGUGCAAAUAGGACUGUAGAACCUCGAGCAGGCCGGGUUUCUUUCUUCACGUCUGGCUCUGAGAACCUCCAUCAUGUAGAAAAGGUCCAGUGGGGCACCCGCUACGCCAUCACCAUUUCCUUCACUUGCAAUCCUGACCAUGGCAUUGGGGAUCCUGUUCUAACAUAACAGGUGGAGUAGAUGGAUUAAGAAGAAAAGACCUGUGAGAGGAAGGGAAAAGGAAAAUUUUAACUUCCCAUGUAAAUUCAACUGCAUUGACUCUUUUAAUAUUUGUUUAAUGUAAAUGUGAGCUAUUUUCAUAUACUCUUUUUCCUCCUAAGUGUUGCAGACAGUGCCUUAAGGUCCAUCUUUCUAAAUCUCCAGUAACAAUAAGUUUGCUUUUUGUCAAACAGUUUGGCUUUUUCCCAUCCUUCAAGGUUACUUCACAAUUCAGAACUGCAGAAUAGUCCAUGUAUGUUGUCAUUCUUCUAAUGGUGGAAACCAACCUUUCCCUACCACCAAGUAUUUCCUUCACUUGGUCUGUAGAGUGCCCUGUGAAACAGUUUGUGAGCAAAUGAAUACUCAGGAAUGUGUUGUGAAAGAGGGUCUCGGUUGCUUCCUACCUUUGGGCUCUUCUCCUCCAUAACUGGGCCCUCCAUCACUUCUCUUCCUUUCCAUGACAAUGCAUAAGUUUUUGAAAAUAAAUAGAGCAUAUAAAUAGGGCUAUUAAGCAAAUUUAUAGGCAUGUGCAUUGGCACAUUUUACACUAAUUUGAAUGCUAUGUUUCAAACUAUUUUCUCUGAAAAUAGAAUGGGAUGGGCAAAUUCUUAAGGUCUUAGGACCACAUUCUUUACCCCAACAUCAACUGCAAGUUGCACCAAAGCAGGUGAAAACCAAAAUGAAACAAACUAAUUCUGAAGUCUCUGGAGAUCGAAUUCUAGUUUCAUUUUUCAGCAUAAAGGCCGGGAGCCCUGCUGGUGCUCCUGGAGUUAUCCAUGAGUUUCUCAUUAAACAUGAUGGAGGCAGAAGUAGUUUUGCAGGCUGAAAAAAUGGCCCCUUGCCCCUUGAAACAGUUUCUGCAGCUAUGCUACAGAACUUGGUUGACAUUACCCAUGCAUCAGUUUCCUUUAAAAAAAAACCCAAUAAGCUAUUCAUCCAUUAAUCUGCUUUUUCUUGAACACAAAGCAUGUGCAUUGACUACUAGAAUGGAUUUUUUUUUCUGUACCCAGAGCUGUACAUGAACUGAGAAAUAAUUUUAUAGAUUGGUAGGAGACUACUUAAGACAAAAUAAAACUACUGAAUAACCUGCUUAAUCCAGUUGAUAUCUAACCUGUGUGCUUUCAGGAAGCAUGUCUCUUGUUUUUGGAACACAAUUUAUUUAACCUCAUGCACCAUAGAUUCUAAAUAUUCAGCUGAUCUCAGAACCUGUUAAGGCUUUUUUGGAAUGAACUCUUUACCUCAGCUAUACAGGAUAUGCAGCUAUCAAACAAAGUCUGAAAUAACUUCAAAAAUCUUCUGGUCUCCAGUAAUAAGCAGCCAUGUUUCCUGAGGGUGGAAAUGUUGCCGGGGGUGGGGGGGGUGGGGUAUGAUUUGGAUGCAAACAAUUAUUUAAUCAUGUUAUAAGGGAAAAUGUUAUAAAAUGUUAACCACUGUACAUUCAAUCUUUACAUUGUGAAUGGCAUUUCAGCAUAGGGAACAAACCUCCUCACAUUGCAGAUGAACAAAGUCUGACCCUUUUAUUCUUUUAAUUGGUUAUUCAGUACUGUGUCUCAAGAGUGUAAAAGGUUAUAUUUGUGAUGUACACCAGCACUGUAUUUAUGUACUAGCCUGAACACAGGAGACAUAGCACAUGAGAUCUCAUGCAAGCAAGCCAGGAUAGUAGAAGUGGGACACAGCUCUUCAUCUCAGCCUCAAAACCAAGCAAGGAAAGAGAACCUCACACCCAGCAUAGAAAUGUAACAUUCUGCUCCUCUACUGCCAGACUAGUGAUGACUUUUGUGGAUUUAAUUACAAAACCCACAUUGCCCAGGCACUCCUUUAACACAUUUUUCUGCAUUAUCAGAUGCUCCAAGCCUAUAUUGCGUUGACAUGAAGAAUUCCAUGUAUGUGUCCUUUUUGCUUCAGGUUUUCCUGAAUUAUAUAGAUAGAAGAUAGUAUAUUGCUUUGCAUUGUGUGAAAAAGAGAAAUAUAGGUAAGCCAAGUAGAAACUGCUGGCUUUCUUUGAAAAUGUGUGUGAUUGUAUCUGGCAGUACUGAGCGGCAUGCCUUAGCAGAGAAUAGUUUGAUCCUCCGUUUGAGAGCAGACCAACUGUCCUCAAAGGAGAAGCAAGUUGAAGGCCUAUAGCAGAGACUACUGUGUGCCCAGCAAGGGUUUGAUAAAUCAUGCUGUUUUUGUCCUAGUUACAAAAUCAGUCAGAAGCAGUAGUAAUGAGUGCUGGAUAUUCUAGCGCAGGAUAAGGGAGCUUUCAUUCCAGUCUGCAGCUUGCUACUCCCCACAGACCUUAACCACCCACCCACCUACCCAUUAGGUUUUUUAGGAAGCCUCCACUGGUUCCAGUGGAGGAUUUUCAAAAGCCUAAACAAGCAUGCAGGACCCAGAGACUUUCCCAGAAGCUUCUACAGACUGAAAUCUUGGCACUACCCUGGCCCAGACCUUAUUUGAAUUACAUGCUAACACCAGGUGUAAAUAAGCAACACAACUGUCAAAAUGCCUAUAGGAUACAGUAUGUUUGUCAGACAUUUGUAUCAAAUAAAUCAUGAAAAAACCCACAUGGGAGUUCAUGUUGUCUUGAUCUUUUAUGCAACUGCAUUUUAAAAAAAUCUGACAGAUAGGAUUGUAUGCUAAGCUGUGAGCUGUUCUGUGCAAAUGAAAGCUACAUUUGGGAGAAAAUAAGAGGAACAUCUCUCAAAGUUUUAUAUGAAAUAUUUUUUUUAGAAAAUGUCCAUUGUGUUCCAGGCUGGAUGCUCUUUUGCAACUCCUUUCACAAAUGAAAAAAGAAAGAAGGGGCAGACAACCUGUUCUGAAGAAAAGUUAAUACAGUGCCUGUCAUGUUUAAAAUCUCUCCUCUCUUGUCACUUCAGCUUCCAUCUUUCUCCAGAUCUACAGGGUGAAGAUCGUCCCCUUAAUGAGUUCUUUCUGGCAGUACUAAAAAGAAGGUGAUUCUCUCCCCCCCCCCCCUCACUUCUUCCUUGUGGUUUUUUUUUCUCUGAUAGCAAAGUGAUGCUUUCCAUCUCCCCAGGAGCCACCUGUCUACUUAAUGUUUAUUUCAAGCACCCUUUGGUGCUGCUGAUCAGAAGAUUCCCCACCACCUGUACAAUCUUCUCCUUCCUGAGUCAAUGAAGAUAAAAUACUUUCUAAUGAAAUAGCAUCUACCAUAGUGUGUGGAUGUUGCACCCUGCAUGUAAAUCUGUAAGUUACCCUGCUGUUGAUUCUGUUUGUGUAAUGCAAAGUUAUUUAGAGACAGAAUCUGACUAAAUCUUUUUGCUAGUCCCAAUAGGAAUAUGCUCACUGAAUCAGUGAGAUCUGCAUAUCUGUAGAACUCCUUCAGCACCACACUUCAAAUCAGUUUAUUUUCUUCCUGUCAGUUUACUUCACUGUCCAGCUGUCACAACCAUACUUAGAAAGGGAGAAUACAAUGGCUUUAGUACUCAGUGAUGUUGCUUGAGACUUCAGGAUCUUGUCUAGUUCUUUCAUAGUUGCCCUUCCAAGUUCUAGUCGUCUUUGGAUUUCUUGAUUGCAGUCUCCAUUCUGAACAUCUUGUUCAGUGGAAAUUCUUGAAUUAUUUCAACAUUUUCAUUGUCUACAAGAUAUGUAAAUUACAUGUAGCCAUUAUUUUUGUUUUCUUAAUGCUCAGUUCUAAACCUGUCUUUGUAUUUUCUUCUUUGACUUUCUUCAGCAAUUGUUCCAAGUCUUUGCUAAUUUCUGCUAUAAGUAUGGUGUCAUCUGCAUCUCUUAAGUUAAAUUAGAACUUCAUAUACCUAUAGAAACAGUACUGAUUGGCCAUCAUAGAGUAUGCAGCUAAGGUCAGAUUAUCAUGCCAGUGAAGCCCAAGGUACCGCUCAAGAAAUGGCUGCCCAGCUUUUGAGUGAGCGUGGAGAACAUGUUGAUGUCAAUGAUGAUUUGCUUUAAUAAUAGGCUCCACGAGGCAGCUAGCUGAUAGCAGUGAUCAUGCCACCAUUAGUGAUCAUGCCACCUAUUUCUCUCCUGCUUGGGAAAGCAGGAGCCUUGAUGAUUUGGUUUGAAUUUCCUUAAAUCAAAAAUUUUAAUAAAAUUUUGCUAUCCCAAGGGUUCUGCAGGUACAGUUUUAUGCCUAAGAGGUUUGUCUGGUUAUAAACAGCCAAAUUUCACAGCUGCAAAUAAAGAUAACACUAGGCGGAAUGUUCUGGGAGUUUUAUAGAUAUAUCCACUUAAAAUAAAUAUUUUUUUAAAAUAUCAAUUCAAAGUUUAGCUGCUCAGGCAAGAAUCUCUUGGGAAGGGAGGAAAAUGACUAGGGUUGAGGGAGCAUCCAUCCCUCUAAAUUUGACCAGCUUUAGCGAGCAAUGACUAUUAAGUAUAUUAAACCAACAAAAUUAUCUUGUAAUACAGCUGCAGUAACAUACAAAAGAGAAACAUUUACCAAACGGCACGUUUCAUUAAGGAAGCAUAGUGAUGCUUUUGCUUCCAAUAGCUUUUAGGUUAUAGGUCUCAAGAGAACUACAUUUUGUUUCAUUCAGUAAUUUGGUAACCAUUGGUAAUUUGCUGCUCAGAUGUCUGAGGCAGAUUUGCAUCACUAUGGGAAUGCUAACAAGGUUGUUCAGGUUUAAUAACUGGCUGCUUUGGCAGUUUUUCCUUUUAGUAUCUUUUUCCACUGGUGCUCAACAGAAAUUCCCUGAUAUGUAUCUUAGAGUGAACUUGAAUUACUGUCUCAGAUAGUAACAUAGGCCCAUUACAGACAGGCCUUUGCUCCGCCCCCAGUAUGUACUAGGGGUUGGCCGAGGACGCAGCGUCCAAUCAGGCCUCACCCCUAGUACGUACUGGGGACGUCAAAAUGACGGCACUCUAUACACAUUGGCGCCGCCAUUUUGAUGUGAUAGAUGCUUAGUGUCUGCACGGGGUGGCGCGGCACGGUUCUGACACCGCAAGUGCACCUUUCGCGCCUUGCAGCAUCACAACUGCGCAGCAAGAAGAACCCGCUUUUUGCGGGUUCUUUUUGCUGUGUGGGGGAGCGGUGCGGUUUGUCUGCUGUGGCUCCCUCGCGCAGCAAACACGGGCACUGGCAGAGCGCCCUUUUUGGGCGCUCUGUAAAGCGCCAUAGACACCCAUUCAGUUUUCACACAUGAUUGUGUACAUGUUCCAACUUACAAAUAUGUGGGGAGAAAUGUCAUGUCAGAAGUGGCUAUGAAAUCUUUAAACCACUCUUGCAUAUUAACAAUUCAGUUAGGAAUGAAAUGUGCAGUGUGUUCUCAAUAGUGAUGUGUUCUCAGUAGUUGUUCCUCACUUAUGGGUUCUAUUUGUCUUUGAGGCUCAUUCUUUUAAAACAAAGAGCCUUAGCAAUGUUGAUGAAGACAGGAGAAGCAACUGGGAAGCAUCUGAUGGAGUCCACAGAAACCUUUGAAGACCCAUCUCAAGAUGGUUGUUUUAUUAGUUUAAAAUCCCAAACAUGAUGUUAAGACUUUUUCGUUUGCGCAAACUUAUCGUGAAUCAUUAAAGGUUUCUUUUAUCCACACA